UCUCUCAAGCAUAGACUGCAAGAGGACAAGUGAAGUUAUAGGUUCCCACGCGUGAACGUAAAAACGACCCACUUUGGAGCAUGUCUUUGUCUUUAUCGCGCAGCCUGUGCAGGGUCUUAACCCGACACAAUGCUACGUCCAGCUUCCUGCUGGGAGAGCAUCACCAGAGUCCUUUCUCUGUUCCAGUGAUGACACUGAAGACAACUGCUGCACUGAGAGCGGAGCCCAAAAAGAAGAAGAAAGUGGACCCAAGAAGGGAGCAGGUGCUGAGAGAGAGGAUGAAAAAGAAGCUGAAGAAGCUGGAGAAGGUUCCACCUGAGUUGAUCCCCGUAGAAGACCUCAUAACUCCUGCCAGAUUUCUGGAUGAAACCAGGGAACGCUCUGCACCGAGGCUGUCAUUUGAAGAGAGUGAGCGUCGAGCUCUGCUGCUGAAGGAGUGGUGUCGAUACAAACAGAAUCAGCACAUGGCUGAGAUGGAGGCAGUUGAACUUGCUCUAGAGGCACAGAGGGAGGCGCUGGAGGAGCUAAAGUUGGAGUCUGAGGAGCUGUACCAGGCUGCACUGAAGCCAGACCCCCUUCUGUUUCCCUUCACUCAUGAAGGUCCCGCCUACACACCAGCAAAGACAAAGUAUUACGCUCCUGAUGGGAAAUAUAAUGACGUCACUAAAGUUUACACUCAGUGAUGGACAGGCUGUGUGUUAUAAUAUAAUAAACGUGUGGUGUUGUUUUUUUUUUUUUUGUAACAGUCCCUGAGCAAAGAUGCAGCUUAUUAACAGCCUGCAGACAUGUCAGGGAAUGACACUUUUUUUUCCUAUUUUCAGUUGUACAUCUCAGUUUGUCUUUUCUGUAUCAAAAGCAACAUUUAACGAAAUAAUGCAUCAUAUUGAUUUUUGUCCACAAUCACAAAUCUGUAUAAAACACAAAGGAAAAUAAAAAUGUGCUUUUUAUAUUAAGGCA